AUGGCGCCUGCUGCUGGUAGGUACUUCCUUACCACCCACUUCUGGGGUCCUGUCGCUAAUUGGGGCUUCGUAGUAGCGGGCCUCAGUGAAAUGCGUAAGGACCCCGAACGCAUAUCUGGGCGCAUGACUGGAGUCUUGUGUUUCUACAGUAUGCUCUUCAUGCGAUUCGCCAUCGCCGUAAAGCCGCGCAACAUGCUGCUAUUCUCAUGCCACCUCUGCAACUCCACGGUACAAGCCGCCCAGCUAUAUAGGCUCUACGAGUACAAGAAGGCCAAAGCGAUCGAGAAGUAA